AUGACAAGUGCUGAAGCUGAUUGAAUUGAAUUGAACGGAAAUGAUCGAAAAUCGAAACCAAUAGGUCGUAGGAAGUCGUAAACUCGAUUUAAUAAAUGAAAAUGGUUGUUCUUAAAAUCUCUAACAUUAAAUAUUUCUUCAAAAACUAAUUGUAAUCAAAUCUUUAAACCACUAAGUGAAUCCAGAUGGUCAAUAGACAAAAACUUUAACUACGAACUUAAAAAUGCAACUAUAGAUUUAUUUACAUCAUGAAACAUGGAAUGUGAACCCCAAACUGGUUUAUAGUCGCUGGAAAUUAUCGAUUUUCACUAGCAUACCCUGCACCCCCUGCACCCUUUCAUGCACCGGGCGUCUUCAUUACUCCGCGCACUUCAGUUCCCGCCUGCAUUAGCCCGCCGCCGCCCCCCCUUAGUGCGCGCCGGUUGCCCGGGCAGGCUGACAGGCUCAGUUCAUUUCUUUAUCCGGUCGAGUGCGGUGUACUUUUGGGAGAUUUCGUUUAAGUUUCAAAAUGGCAGAAAGUGAAUCCAAAGAAAAGACUCCUUAUGUUAACGAAACUCUCCCGGAGCGUUAUUGUGAGUGUUGGGAGUCGGAAGACGAGGAAGAGCCGGGCGACCCUGACUGCGGCUGUGGUGAGGAGCGUGAAAUUGUCGAUUGGCGUUGGAAGCUGCCGCGGAAGUCCCCCAGGUGGGCUGACUUGUUCGAGGAUGGAAAGCUAGUGGUGUUCCACCCCUUGUUCAGCUCUGGAACUGCUACCGUCAGGGGCAACAUUGUGCUCAAACGCAACUAUAAUUACUACUGGGAAGUGAAGAUGAUGACCCAUCCUUAUGGCACAGAUGUAAUGGUCGGCGUUGGCACCCGGAACAUUCCGGAGACUGUACGUGACUACACAUCCUGCAUUGGCAAUAGUCAUGAUUCCUAUGGCUUAUCAUAUACAGGAGCCAUUUGCCAAAACAAAGAAGUUGUUGAUGAUUGCCCUGGUUUCUGCAAAGGCACCAUCAUAGGUGUGAUGGUGGACAUGUUCCGUGGAACAUUGGAAUUUUAUCUCAACCGUGAACCGCAGGGGCUCACCUUCACUGAUCUGCUUCGUCACAAGACACUGUACCCGGUGGUGAGCUCAACAGCCGCAUUGUCAGCCCUGAGACUGACUUAUGCUUCAUCUUGGGAGUCCUCCUUGAUGGUCAAUUCUGCAAGGAUGCUUGCUGCUUCUGAGUCAGGUAUGAAGUUUUUGGAAAACAUGCCACCAGGCCUCAUUUCUACAAUGGAUGAACACUUCUGGCUGGUAAUGCUGAGUGCCGGCAAAGUGGAGCCCCGCCCAGUCCGAAAGCGGGUCAGGGAGUGCCGAAGAUUCUAGGAUCCGCCCCCCAAUGGCGUUAUUCCGGUGAUACCGAUAACGCCAGCUGUAAUUGGGGAAAAAUUGAAAUUAAUCCAUGAUAACAACAAAACCGGAAUAAGCGCCAUUAUGUAUGAAAAUGUGGUGCUGCACGAAGUGCUUGGGCUCGGAAAUUUAUUUCCUGAAUGAAGAAUUAGAGUGGUGGCUGGAGUAGUGUUGUGAGUGAUAGCCAAUCGGAAAGGAAAGACUGUUUAGUAGUUUUUAAAUAUUGACUGUCUAUUUAUUAAAUUUACCUUCAUCAUGAAAGCAACAGUAGCUCAAUGGUUUCAAUAAAUACAAUGUACCAUUGCACUACUGGUGGCGACCUGCCCCUUGGAUCGGGGAGGUUGUGAGCACUGCUAGUUGUUUGCAACUUAUCUACUUGUACUUCCUCCAGAAGACAUCAUCGUAACAUCUCUGCGUUCAGCUAGUAGUUAGUCUAGUCUAGAUCUUUUAAAAUUAUGGGUGUCUAUAUUAAUACUUGUAAUAAGAAUCUUCAUUAUACUGGUUUCUAUCAAUCAGUAAGUACAUAAACAAUACCACCAUAAUAACUGAUAUGUUUAAAUCUGGUCUGUUCAACUCGCUGAUGAGUUGAACUGAAAUCUCAGUACUUAAUAGGCUUUUAUAUCCAAUAUGUAUCUCUCUUAAUGUUUGUACUUAAACAAGUAAUAUUAAUGAAAAAAAUUUAAUCAAGAUGAUUUUUGAGGUGGUAUACUUAGGAUUGAGAAUGCUGAGGCUAAUGAUUAUACUUGUCAUAUCCUAAUUGGUAACUUCUAGUUUUCAAAUAAUUCAAUUCACAUAAUCAAUGUCUAAUUUACUGUUAUUGCUAAUAAGGCUAAUUAUAUAUUGGAUUUUUAGUGUAAGAUUCAACUAAUUUAUGCAAUGUGUGAACAAGACAAAAGAUUGCCCGGGCAGAGGAAAGCUGGAACUUUAGGAUAUUGUAUUAUUCAAUUACUCUCAUUACCUAUAUGUAGCCAUUAGGGCAUCACUUUGAUGAUUAAUGAUGAUUCCUUUUUCAUGUUUCCAGAGAAAUGUGCAGACAUUUCUCAGUAUAUUAAUCAAUUGUUGUGUAAGCUGCCAUUAGGGUAUGCAGUCAUAUUAUAUUCAUAGUUAUAGUUCUGAUUAUAAAGGGAUGAUUUGAAAGGCAAAGGAUUGUGUUCCCACUUCAUAUCUUGGUGAACAGUAGGUUUGGGACGGUAACUUCAAUAUAUGAAGAUUGUAAGAUGCUGGUUUUUGAAGUAAUACAUUUUAAUUGGUGUCGUAUAAUAUGUAGCAGUUCAUGAAUACAAUAUUAUGUAGAUGUAGGCAAUAGCCCAAUGUCCGAUUUGGUUGCCUCGAGUCGCCUGAUCCAUUGACCUAUUGCAACAAACCCAAGCAGGUUUACAGAAACUCUAGUAAUGUUUUAAAAGCAUCAUUGCUAGCAUUUCAAUUUCAAUUUUCAAUAUUAUGAUCAUUAUGUAAUUGGUGUUCUCAAAGUAUUAAUAAAGGCUCCGAAAAACGAGUAAA